AUGGCCGCCGACAAGACCGACGACAAGACCACCACCGCGGCCGGCGAGCAGCAGCAACCGCCUAAGGAGACCAAGGCCGCCGCCCUGGGCGAGGACGACGAGUUUGAGGAUUUCCCAGUCGACGACUGGCCGGAAGACCAGACGGAAGCCGCGCAGGGCUCGGGUCAGACCAAGCACCUAUGGGAGGAGAGCUGGGACGACGAUGACACGACGGAUGAUUUCUCGACACAGCUCAAGGAGGAACUGAAAAAGGUCGAGUCGUCGAAACGGAGAUAA